GCAGCAGCAGCAACAGAAGAAGAAGAAGAAGAAGAAGAAGAAAAAGAAGAAGAAGAAGAAGAAGAAGAAGAAGAAGAAGAAGAAGUGAUGCUAUCUGUGAGCGCGAGUGUAGUUAGAUAUCGCCGGUAUGGAGAAGAAAAAGGUAGAAAAUCUGACAAAUCGCCUCAGCAAUGCUGAGAGGUUUCACUGCACAGCUCCAUCCGCGAAUAUAGACCAAUACCCCGAAUUGAUGGACUUUUUGCCAAAGGAGUAUCAAUACCACAUAUGCAGUUACAAAGCAGUGAACGAGGGCAGUGACCAUACGGAUUUUGAAACCACCCUACGGAUGACCCUCAAAUCAAAGGAGGAGAUACUGGUGUGGUUAAAGUCAAUGCCAGUUACAUGGAGAGUGGACUACACCAGGCCUACCAAAGGCUCAAAGAUCAUCUUCAAAACAGAAUACCGCUGCCAGCGUAACACCAAGCCCAGGGCAACACCAAAGAAUGGCAGGGUGUCCAAAAAUACAGAUUGCCCUGCAAAACUUAAAGUCACCCUUGCACGCACUGAGGUCGCCUGCGGACGACAGAGCAGAAGUACCGAUCCUCACAUUCCGGAUUACCCCACACUUGUGGACAUCGUGAAUGUUCACAACCAUAACAUUCACGUGGCGGAUACUGUGCGUCACCAGGAUGUGCACAGCAAGGCUGUAGAGCAGCUCACCAAGUUGUUUGAGGCUGGGCACUCGCCAUCCUCAGAACUUGAUGUUUUUAAGUGUGAUCUGCAAGUUCAACUUGGGAAUGAUUACAUCUACGAGCAUGAGGCUGAUGAAACACUGGAAGCUGUUAGAGUCAGUGCACAGGAGUGGAACUCCAUGAGCCAGGAGUUUGCAGCAAUGGUGCAGAGCAGUGAAAGAUUUCAAGUGGCAGGAUCAGCAUUCUUAAAGGCCUUCAACAGGCUGAAGGGAAAUCCCUCUAUGAUGCAGUCGGCGAUGCACAUGUUUGGACGCUGUGGUGGAGGCAGCCUAGCUUCAAAGCGAGCAGGAGCUCUACGGCGGGCAGCUAACCAAGCUGGGCCAAGCAUAGCAACACAGCCCUCUGUCACCCGCCGAAAGGUGAAGCUUGUGAGUAGACAUCGACUCACUGCUGGGAGGCUGAAAAGAAAUUUUGCAACCGUGGACCAUCGUUACAGCUACCCAGAAGGAGUGAAGUCUGGGACUCACAGCUUUUCUCAAGCUGUAGAGGUGUGUCACAGCAACCCAAAAUAAUGGACGCUCCAGCACCGCGCCCCUUACCUUCUCCCCCCUCCCCCCUCUCCAUAGAGGCUGGACGCUCCACCACUGCCCCCCUCAACCCAUUACUCUCCUGGAGUUCUUUGUAUAUAGUUAAUUGUAUAUAGUUCCUUUUACAAACCAAUGCAAAGGGGGUGUACAGUUAACUGUCUAUACCGGUAGUUCCUUUACCAAGUGGAAUGGCUCCUAUACAAAGUGGUUUAUAACUGUGUUUAACUUACUUAACCAAGGUGGUGUAUAAUCCAUUUACAAACCUAGCUAUACCAAGUGAUUAAGUUACUUACUGCCUAUGCUUUUUUGUAAACAAUCUGUCAUCAGUCACUUGUUUACCUAGAUUACAUAUGGUGCACUGCAUUUUUCAGGGUGUCUAGUACCCCAGGAUUUUAGUAGUGUGUCUGUGGCCUUGUUUUUACAACAUAAAACAUGUCUGUAAUUUGUCAUACCUCAACUCUCUGUUUGUACUAAUUAUAUGUAGAAUCAACAUGCCUGUUUCACUGCCUGUACUGUGGUGGGUUGAAGGAAUAAUGUGACGGCAACCAGCGUAUUUGUCACAGGGUGACUGACAAGUGAACUUGGGAUGUACAGAAUGUCGUGGUAUUGGUGCAUAGUGCUGUUUGGUUGCCUUGCUCUAUCUAUUUAAACUCCAGAUUUAAGGUGUUUGGAGGCUGGCGGCAGGAGCCGUGGGGGACCCGAAGGCAGCCGAGCGUCAUCAUCUACACCUUGUGGACCUGAGGCUCUUCUCAUUUCUCUAUUUUGUGCCACCUUGUCUCCUCUGUCCUCUGUCCUUCUGCCUGCAACACGGAAAGCGAUCUCAGGGCGCCAUCUUGAAGGAUGUCUCAAUUCCUAAAAUGCAUCGAGAGGAGGCUUUCUGGAGGAGCUAUGAGCGAAGAUGCACAGGUGUAUGCUUUGCAGAAGUCUUUUGGGCACCUGUGACGUAUAAAAGAGCCGUGACAAUGGACAGAUGAUGCCACACGUCAUAUUUAAGUCGCUUUAAAAUGACGGCUCCGGUGCAAAAAUGUCUCAUUUUGUGGAAUGCCUGUUGCCUUGACUCCUCUCCUUGUGUCUCUUCCUUGCCUCCUCCGCUCGCAUCUCAGGUGGGAGGGACUAAGGCGCAAGGAGAGGAGGCGAGGAAAGGAACUGAGGAUGUACAGAGAGAGAGAGAAUUUUAUAUAUUAUUAAUAAUAUUUUUUUCUUUUUGUAUAAAUAAAAUUGUGCUUUUUUGGAUUAA